AAGCCUGGCAUCCACCCCUCGGUGCUGGGGGGAGGCGGAGGCCCCCUGCCAGGUGCUGAGUCAUGGGCAUCCCCCAGGGCCCCUGCCGCCCUCCCUCAGCCUCUCCUCCUGCCUCCUCUGAGACACCCGUGACUCACACAGUCAUCUUGGGAGGAGGAGCCCGGGAGGCUGGAGGGGGUGUCCCCGGCCCCUCCCCUGGCUCCACCGGCUGCUGCCACCGGAGAGGGGCCGGCGCCUCCCAUGCUCACUCCCCAGCCUGCGGCUUGGCAGGCGGCAGGACCCGGGCGCCAGGUGGAACCUCUGGGGUAGAUCCUGAAAGGGGGUCCUCUAAAGGACCCUCCACCUGGCACCAGGUGGUGACUUCCCGGGUGACUUCCGGGGAGGAUGAUGGCUGCCCGGGUGCCGAUAUUCCUCCUGAGUCUGCUCUUCCUGGCUAAAGGUGCCCAUGGUGGUGGCCCCCGGGAAGACUUCCGCUUCUGUGGCCAGCGGAACCAGACGCAGCGGAGCAGGCUCCAGUACCUGCAGACGCCGGAGCUGCACAUCUCCAUCAGGAACUCCGAGGACGCCCUCACCAUCCACGCCCCCUUUCCCGAGGUCCCCGAGGCUUCCCGGGCCUUCCCCGAGCCCAGGGGCCUCUACCACUUCUGCCUCUACUGGACCCGCCACACGGGCAGAUUCCACCUUCGCUAUGGCAAAAACGACUUCCUGCUGAGUGACCGGGCCUCAGACCUCCUCUGCUUCCAGCACCAAAAGGAAGGUCGGGGCCAGGGGCCCCUGCUGCUCGCCACUUCCGUCAGCUCCUGGUGGAGCCCCCAGAACAGCAGCCUGCCGGGUGCCACCGGCUUCACCUUCUCCUUCCACAAGCCCACCGAGAAGGCCUUGCCCAACGCCUCCUGGGACAUGUGUGACCUGAAGAGGGACCUGGGGAUGCUCAGCCGGCUCCUGAGGCAGCCCAUGAAGUCCCCGAGGAGGCCCUCGUCCACCCUCGCCAGCCAGCAGCUGCAGAGCCUGGAGUCCAAGCUGGCCGCCGUGAGCUUUCCCGGGGACUCGGUGUCCUUCGAGGAGGACCUGGUCAACGCCACUGUGUGGAAGCUGCAGCCCAGCGCCAGCCUCCAGGACCUGCACAUCCACUCCCGGCAGGAGGAGGAGCAGAGCCAGGUCCGGGAGUACUCGGUGCUGCUGCCCCGCGCCCUCCUCCAGCAGGGCAAAGGCCGGAGAGGGGAGGCCGAGAAGAGACUCUUGCUGGUGGACUUCAGCAGCCAGGCCCUGUUCCAGGAUAAAAAUGCCAGCCAGGUUCUGGGUGAGAAGGUCCUGGGCAUCGUGGUGCAGGACACCAAAGUCGCCAACCUCCCGGAGCCCGUGGUGCUCACCUUCCAGCACCAGCCGCAGCCGAAGAACGUGACCCUACAGUGUGUAUUCUGGGUGGAAGACCCCACGAUGAGCAGCCCCGGGAGCUGGAGCAACGCGGGGUGCGAGACCAUCAGCAGGGAAACGCACACAUCCUGCCUCUGCAACCACCUCACCUAUUUCGCAGUGCUGAUGGUCUCCGCGGAGGUGGGCGCUGAGCACCGGAACUACCUGACGCUCCUGUCCUACGUGGGCUGCGUGGUCUCCGCCCUGGCCUGCCUCUUCACCAUCGCCGCCUACCUCUGCUCCAGGAAGAAGCCCCGGGACUACACGGUCAAGGUGCACAUGAACUUGCUGCUGGCCGUCUUCCUGCUGGACGUGAGCUUCCUGCUCAGCGAGCCCGUGGCGCUGACGGGCUCCGAGGCCGGCUGCCGGGCCAGCGCCAUCUUCCUGCACUUCUCCCUCCUCGCCUGCCUCUCCUGGAUGGGCCUCGAGGGCUACAACCUCUACCGCCUGGUGGUCGAGGUCUUCGGCACCUACGUCCCUGGCUACAUGCUCAAGAUGAGUGUCGUGGGCUGGGGCUUCCCCAUCUUCCUGGUGACGUUGGUGGCACUGGUGGACGUGAACAACUACGGCCCUAUCAUCCUGGCUGUGCACAGGACCCCAGUGAGCGUCAUCUACCCUUCCAUGUGCUGGAUCCGGGACUCCCUGGUCAGCUACGUCACCAACCUCGGCCUCUUCAGCCUGGUGUUUCUGUUCAACAUGGCCAUGCUGGGCACCAUGGUGGUGCAGAUCCUGCGGCUGCGCCCCCAUAAUCAAAAGUGGCCCCACGUGCUGACGCUGCUGGGCCUCAGCCUGGUCCUCGGCCUGCCCUGGGCCUUGGUCUUCUUCUCCUUUGCCUCUGGCACCUUCCAGCUCGUCAUCCUCUACCUCUUCAGCAUCGUCACCUCCUUCCAAGGCUUCCUCAUCUUCCUCUGGUACUGGUCCAUGCGGCUGCAGGCUCGCGGCGGCCCUUCCCCUCUGAAGAGCAGCUCGGACAGCGCCCGGCUGCCCAUCAGCUCGGGCAGCACCUCGUCCAGCCGCAUCUAGGCCUCCAGCCCUGCUGCCCGGCAUGAGGACGCAGAGACGAGGCCUCUGCUCGUGCUGCCCACGGCCCCCAGGCUGAGCACCACCUCUGACAGCCAGUGGCCGGCCAGAGAAGGCCGAGGACCCUGGAGGACGGACUGUCACCACGGCAACCAGACAUCCAUCUGGCCUUGGGGACUACUCGGCUCCCAGGUCCAGCUUCCAAAGGGCUCACCAUACUGCCACGGAGGCUGUGGGACUGUCCCCACAGCUGUCUGAACUGGGGCUGAAGCCUUGUCUUUCCUGCCCACGCCAGGGCCCAGCCUUCAUUGUUGGGUGGGACCUGCAGGCCCCAGGCUCAGGCCUUGGGUCAUGGAGGCCACAGGCAUCCCAAGCCUGUGCCCCUACCCAGGACAAAAACAUGGCGGUAGCAACUCGGUCCCUGGUGAUCACCAUGGCGGCACCCUGAAGCUCCUGUCCUUUUAACCUGAGGGUGGGGGCCAGUGGGUUGAGGCAGAGUGUUGAGCUGGAGCACUGGAGGAGAGGCCUCCUCUCCAGAGUGAGCUGCAGGGCACCCACCUGAGCCCAGUCCUGCCUCAACACCAGCCCCCCAGUCGCUCUGCCCAUCUGCCAACAUAUUUCUAACCCUCCACCCACUGCCUGGCCCGGCCAUCCAUCCAGCUGGGCCUCUCUCUGAGCUGCCUCCCCCCUUGCUCACACUCCAGAGGGGCCGGCCCUGCCCUCCUAUGGCAAGAACUAUGGAACACAGGAGCCUCGUCUAAUUUCCAUCCCAGCACCCCGAAGGCUGGGCUGUCCUGCUCUGGGGACACUGGCCUGAGCCUGAUGCCUCCUAAGGAGUCUCCUUAAAUCCCUGCAAAUGGCCGGGACACACCGUCAUGGUGAAUUCUGCCUACAAACCCACGCUGGUCCAUUGCCAGCCUGGGCUGGAUGGUAGGGACACAGAUGACCGGAUCUGGCCACGCCCUCUGCACAGUCUUGGCCUGGUAGGUGAAGCCUACGCCGACAGCUGAGGAGCCACCGGAGCCCAGGUGCGGAUCAGGGGCCAGAGCUGCAGCUGAGAAUCCAGGAGGACUCCCUGCAGGAGGCAGCGUCCCUUCUACAUCUCACUCUUAAGGAUGGGGGAGGGGUUGUUCUUUGGUGUUCUUUUCGAGGAUGUUCUUUGUAAGUAGCAAUUUGUGUCUUUUGAUAUUAAAAGAAGUAUGUCUGUUGUAGAGAAUUUGGAACCUUCAGAAGAUUGUCAAGAAGAGAAUAAAAAUCCGAUGUUGGUAUUGUCUAACAAA